AUAUCUCUCAAUCGUCGUCUCCUUCCCCAGUAAGUUAAUCAACGACCAGUCACCUCCUCCGGCGAAAAUGGACGUGCGAGAAUCAAUCUCGAUGCAAAACCAAGUCUCCAUGAACCUCGCCAAGCACGUAAUCACCACCGUCUCUAAGAACUCCAACGUCAUCUUCUCUCCGGCGUCGAUCAACGUCGUCCUCAGCAUAAUCGCCGCCGGAUCCACCGGCGCCAGUAAGGACCAGAUCCUCUCUUUCCUUAACUUCGCUUCAAUCGAUCAGCUCAACACAUUCUCCUCCGAUAUCGUCUCCGCCGUCCUCGCCGACGGAAGCGCUAACGGUAGCCCGAAACUCUCAGCGGCUAAUGGCGUCUGGAUCGAUAAGUCUCUCUCAUUCAAGCCAUCCUUCAAGAAGCUCUUGGAUGAUUCAUACAAAGCUGCUUCCAAUGAAGCAGAUUUUCAUACCAAGGCUGUGGAAGUGAUUGCUGAGGUGAAUUCAUGGGCUGAAAAGGAGACAAAUGGUCUGAUCGCUGAGGUUCUACCAGAAGGAUCAGCAGACAGUAUGACCAAACUGAUAUUCGCAAAUGCAUUAUACUUCAAAGGAACAUGGAACGAAAAAUUCGACGAGUCGCUAACGAAAGACGGCGACUUUCACCUUCUUGACGGUACCACCAAAGUGACUGCACCGUUCAUGACCAGCAAGAAGAAACAGUACGUAAGCGCUUACGAUGGUUUCAAAGUCUUGGGACUUCCUUACUUACAAGGACAGGACAAGAGACAAUUCUCCAUGUACAUGUAUCUUCCCGAUUCAAGCAACGGCUUGUCUGAUCUUCUUGAGAAAAUAGUCUCUACUCCUGGGUUCUUGGACGACCACAUUCCACGAAGACAAGUCAAGGUCGGUGAAUUUAAGAUUCCCAAGUUUAAAUUCUCUUUCGGGUUCGAAGCUUCUGAUGUUUUGAAAGGAUUGGGGCUUACUUCGCCGUUCUCGGGUCAAGACGGUUUAACUGAGAUGGUUGAAUCACCAGAGAUGGGUAAGAAUCUAUCUGUAUCGAGCGUUUUUCAUAAAGCGUGUAUCGAAGUGAAUGAAGAAGGAACAGAAGCUGCUGCUGCAUCAGCUGGAGUUAUAAAACUAAGAGCUUUGGUUAUGGAAGAAGAGGAGAUAGAUUUUGUUGCAGACCAUCCGUUUCUGCUUGUGGUUAAGGAGAACAUAACAGGAGUGAUUCUGUUCAUUGGUCAGGUCAUUGAUCCGUUGAAUUAACACUAAUCUGGUUUCUUACUGAGAGUAAUCAAUAAAUUGAGUGUCAUUAUGACUUAUGAGUGAUAUGUGGAUCUUUCUACGACAUCUUUUGUUCACUUUGAUGUGUGUAAUAAUUAAUAAAAACAUCCUUUCUAUUGUACAUUUCUCUUUAAUGUAAUUUCCUUUUCGGCUC